UUGUGUGAUUUGCGAAUACAGAAUUUAAACUACAACAAGUGGACAUAAACAAAAAUAAAAACAGUCUUGUUUAUUUUGAUGCUACUGGCAGAUAUUCGAAAAAGGAGACGCCAGAGAAAAACAAAACCGACAUGGAAAAGUUAUCGCUGCAGCAAGUACAUGUACUGCGCAAGGCACAGGAUGAUCUAAUUUUCAGCAAAUCUGUCUACCUGGAAUUUUAUUCAAAAAUGGCAAAACAUGCGUACACAACGGACCUCAACAAUUUGAUUCGCGGAGAUUUCCAACGAGUUGAUGUUCAAUUAAAUAUACCCAAAUUGCCUCCGCAGAAUAAAGAGCCUGAAGAAUACACACCGAUGCUAAACCUGGAUAAACUGAUGGAGCUUUACGAUGCAGCCGAAGAAGGUAUAUCCCUAUUGCAAGACUGAUCCAAUCU